AUGGCGCUCUCAUUCUCGCUUCUAAUAUCGAUUUGGCCAUUGCUUGUCGGAGUUUGCGUUAUUUACUGUUUGUCUAUAGCAGUCUACCGACGAUACUUUUCCCCUCUCGCCUCCAUUCCUGGGCCCUUUUUCAACGCCAUCUCCUACCUUCCCAUCCUCUACCAACAAGGUAUUCUGGAAGGUCAGCUACUACAUGCCUUGGAAAUAUGGCACGCUCAAUAUGGCCCGAUUAUCCGUAUCUCACCCAACGAGAUUCACCUUUCCUCACCUGAGCACUAUGAAACAAUAUACUCGAACUCCCUGAGGACAGGCUUCUACAAAGAUCCUGCGUUCUACGGACCGAUGGAGGGGCCGAUUAAGACCCCCGUUAUGCUGACCAUGAUCCCGAAUGAGGAACACAGGGUGAGGAGAAUGGGCAUGAAUCCAUUCUUUUCCCGAAGGUCCGUUCUUGGCUUGGAAGAAAUUGUCAGAGACAAAACUGAGAAGUUGGUUAAGAUGGCCGAACAAUUUCUGAGUCAGAAGGGUGGCGAGUUUGAUGUGCACAGAGCCACGAGGGCACUCACGGUCGAUAUCAUCACCGAGUAUGCCUAUGCGAAAUCCUGGAAUUAUAUGGAUUUGGCUGACUGGCAAGGAUAUCAGGAGGCUAUUAGAGCUGUUCAGACUUUCUUCCCCUGGUUCCAAACCUUCCCCUCCCUGGUACCGGUCUUUGGGCUGGUUCCGGACUGGGUGAUGGUGAAGCUUUAUCCACAUUUUGGAAAAUGGUUUGACAGCCUAGAGGUUGUUCAGCAAUCUGUCGCGGAGGUCAAGAGGGAUAUCGCGCUUGGUAUCAAACCUCCUCGGAGAACCAUCUUUCAUGAGCUUAUUGAUCCCGAGCUUUCUGAGACGACAAAGGAUCUGCCGUCGCGUCAAAAGCUUCCAGAUGCUGUUGUCUUUGCUGACGCGGUGAAUGUCACCGGAGCGGGUGUCGAGACUACAGGCGCCACCAUUUGCAGGGCGCUGUACGAGGUUCUUGACUCGCCUGAGAUUGCAAGGAAGUUGAGGGAAGAGCUGAAGACGGCUCUACCUGACCCUUUUAUUGUACAGAAUAUGAGUUUGGUUGAACUGGAGAAGGUGCCUUAUUUGACGGGGGUCAUCAAGGAGACUCUAAGACUCAGUCCAGGUGUACCUGGCCACCUACCCCGUGUCGUUCCUUCUUCGGGCGCCACGUUCGACGGGUAUAUACUUCCACCCGGCACAGUAGUUAGCAUGAGUGCCUGGUCGAUGCAUCACAACACUGAGAUCUUCCCGGACCCAGACAAGUUCGAUCCCACACGUUGGACCGAUCCAGAUGUGGACGCCGUUCACGCCAGAGAAAAGUGCCUUGUGUCCUUUGGCCGAGGAACGCGCAAUUGCAUUGGUCAGAACUUGGCCAUGUGCGAACUUUACUACAGCGUGGCAAGCAUGAUCCGGAGGUGGGAUGACUUGAAGGUGCAUCCUGAUUUUGGAAGGGAGGAUAUGAAACUGGUAGAGUUUUUGUUGUCGUAUCAUCCAAAGAAGGCAAGGAAGUUGAAGCUUGUUAGGGGUUGA